AUCCAACGCAGGGUCAAAAUUGAGAGUCUGCCCAUGCCAUCAUGCCAUCAAGCAAUCACCAGCGCCCGUUAAAUCCAUUCGUUGAAGACGUUAGCGAUGAAACAAAUGGGAAUCCUCAGUCAAAAAAUUUUGACACUCAGCGCAAGCUAUUCUCAUGGUCGGAGAUUUGCAAUCAGCAUGAGUCCGUCCUCUUGUCUCAUCUGGAGAUGCUGAAUGGUGUGAAGUGCCAAGUCGCGGGCGAUGGGGACUCCUUCCGACUGGUUUCCUCGAUGGCCGAAAAGACGAAUAAGUUAGUGAUGCAAUUCAGGGUAAUCAAGAAACAGCUCAUGAAUACACGGAAUCCCUCUGCGGGUGUACCUGAGGCAGCGGGAAAUGGCAACAGUGACUCGGCGCGAAGUAAUCACUCAAAAGAAAGAGAAAGAGGAGUGAAGAAGCAUAAGCGGGCGAGAGUGGACGAGGGCGCGGAUGAGGAUGUGGACGUCAUGCAGGCAGAGGUCCAGCUGAUGCAGGCGCAGGAGGACCGGCCGUACGCGGCGAUUUCUCGGUCUUCGAAGCGCAAGCGGCUGGAUCUAGCUAUUCCCGGCGCCGAGCAGGAAGUCGCAGAUGUGAUGCCUGUGGCAUUAGAGACGGAGGAUAUUUCAGAGGAAGUCCAGCGGCGACUGAAAAUCAAGGAGGAGCGACGCAAGAAGAGAGAUGCUAAGCCCGAAAAGAGGAAACGGGAUAGUCUUGCGUCGAACGGGAGCGCUUCUGCCUCGUCGCCUGGUGGUAUCGCUAGGCCUAGGAAGAAGAAGGUCAAAACUAGCGGUGCAGGAGAGGAGGGGAGCGCUGAGACACCCAAUGCUUUCUCGCAGACAUCAGGUGGCAAAUUCGGAGGGAGAAAGCGCGACCCAGCGAUUCUGGACGAAAAGACGUCGACGUCAGAAGUGAGAAAAAGACAGCGAAAAGUUUCCUGAGCUGAUUGCGAGUUCGAUUGGACGAUCCUGACUUGGCCUUCUGUCUUUUCGUUCUAUUUUAAGCCAGAGACCUUUCUCAGACAGUGGAACGAAAAGACGGAAAAAGCUUGUUGAGUAUGUUCCAAGGAGAUCUAUUGGACGGCAUAGAGCUGGUAGCUGUGCUCGCUCCCUCUUUCUUCUUCUUCUUCUUCUUCUUCUUCUUUUUGCCUUGAACACGAUAAGGA